AUGAGGCAUCACAAAACCCUCUCAUUCUUUUAUUUCUCAUCAGCUGCUCUUUCUACUCUCCAUCUUCUUCUGUUUUGCGGUGUUACCCUUAUUCCCACUUCCUCCUUUGCAUCAUCAAAUGAAACCGAUAGACUUGCUCUUUUAGAGUUUAAACACCGCAUUUCUUCUGAUGAUCCCAAUGGAGUAGAAGUUCUUAACUCCUGGAAUCACUCUGUGCACCAUUGUGGUUGGCAAGGAGUGAGCUGCGACCAUCGACACCGACGAGUUGUGGGUUUGGAGCUUCCUAGGAUGGGGUUGGUGGGAACCAUAUCUCCUCAUAUUGGAAAUCUCACUUUCCUCAGGGCUCUUCAUCUCAGUGACAAUAAUUUGUACGGCGAAAUUCCAGGAGAGAUUGGUGGUCUGUUUCGACUAAGAUCUCUCGUCCUGUCCAGGAAUGCACUGACGGGAGAAGUGGCUAAGCUUAAUCUCAGCAGCUGCAUACACCUUAGGGAACUCUAUUUUAAUCGAAAUGACCUCCAGGGGAACCUCCCUACUGCAUUCCAAUUCCUAGCUAACUUGAAGAAGCUACAAAACCUCUCUCUGGGUAGAAACAGAUUGACAGGUGGAAUUCCUCCCACUAUUGGGAAUUUGUCAUCACUUCGUGUAUUGAACUUGAGGAUGAAUCAUUUGGAGGGACGUAUUCCACAUGAGAUUACGCGGUGUUGGGGUUUAAAUGUCCUUUCACUUGCCAUCAACAAUUUCACUGGUACACUAUCUCCUUCUUUCUUCAAUAUGACUUCUAUACGAACUUUUUCAGUAAACCUAAACUCACUUGAAGGGACCAUUCCAAGCUACAUAGGAGACACCAUGCCAAACUUGGAAGGCUUUUAUUUUGCUGCCAACAAAUUCCAUGGAACCAUCCCAAUUUCAUUUCCCAACGCCUCUAAGCUUCAAAUUCUUACGCUACCAGGAAACCAUCUUGUAGGUAAAGUUCCAGAUAAUAUUGGAAGGUUAAAAGAUCUUCAACGUUUGAACCUUGGGCGCAAUCUUCUUGGUAGCAAUGAUCCUCUCAAUGACUUGGCUUUUAUAGCAUCUCUGUCCAAUUGUAGUAAUUUAAAUGUAUUUUCCAUUUCUGGAAAUAGAUUUGAAGUUGCAAUUGAUUUGGGUAACAACAAUUUUCAAGGCAAUAUACCAUCAAAUGUGGAAAACUUCAGGUACUUGAAUGAAUGGUACAUGAACAAUAACAAACUAGAUGGCACCAUUCCUCAACAAGUUUUUAAUUUGCCAUCUUUGUCUAAGUACCUUUACCUUUCCCGUAAUUCUUUCACUGGUCUGUUAUCUCCUGCUGUGGGCAAAUUGAAAACACUAAAUGCUUUAGACAUCUCUGGAAAUAAAUUGUCAGGCAAAAUUCCAGAUACAAUUGGAGAUUGUUUGAGCCUUGAAUAUCUUGAUAUGCAUGAUAACCUCUUUGAAGGUAAAGUCCCACCUUCUUUGGUUUCCUUAAAAAGCAUUAUGUAUUUGGAUAUCUCAAACAACAAGUUGACUGGAGAGAUACCGAGAGACCUCCAAAAGCUUUCUCUAUUGCAAUAUUUGAACAUUUCUUUCAAUGAUCUAGAGGGGGAGGUACCAACAGUUGGAGUGUUUGCAGUGGCAACCAAUAUAUCAUUGCUUGGAAACAAAAAGCUAUGUGGUGGUAUACCUGAGCUAAAGUUGCCUCCAUGUCCUGUGAAGAAAAGAAAACACAGAAAGCAUUUAAAGCUUAUGAUUAUUAUUUUCACAUGUAUUUGCUCGGCUCUGGUGUUUGCAUCAUUCAUUGUUUUUCUAACAUUGUGUUGGAGGAAACAAAAAAGGGCGGAAUCAACUAAGCCAUCCAAAGUUGAAAAGCUUUCCAAAAUCCCUUAUAGAGACCUGCAUCAAGCUACUGAUGGUUUCUCUGAGACAAAUUUGAUCAGUUCGGAAAGUUUUGGCUCUGUUUACAAAGGAAGAUUUAAUCAAGGUGGAGGAGAACAUAUAACUGCGGUGAAGGUACUUGACCUUCUAAAAAAUGGAGCUACAAAGAGCUUUCUUGCAGAAUGUAAAGUGUUGAAGAACAUACGCCACCGAAAUCUUGUUCCAAUUUUGACUUGCUACUCGAGUUGUGAUUUUGCAGGUAAUCAAUUCAAAGCUUUGGUUUAUGAGUUCAUGGAAAAUGGGGAUUUGGAUAUGUGGUUGCAUACACAUUCAUAUAAUGCAAAGACAACUGUUCUAAGUGUUCUUCAAAGGUUAAACAUUGCAAUUGAUGUAGCUUGUGCAUUGCAUUAUCUCCAUGAUGAUUGUGAACCCACAGUUAUUCAUUGUGAUCUAAAGCCAAGUAACAUUCUGCUUGACAAAGACUUAACUGCUCAUGUUGGAGACUUUGGUAUAUCAAGACUUUAUUCACGUACAGUUGGAGAUCCAAUUGGUGAACAAAGUAGUACCAUUGGAUUAAAGGGGUCAAUUGGUUAUGUUCCACCAGGUAAGAAUAUUGUCAUAAACUUUAUCACUUGUUUCCAUAAGUACGGCAUAGGAGCAAAGGCAUCAACUUUUGGAGAUGUGUAUAGCUUUGGAAUCCUUUUGUUGGAAAUGUUCACAGGUAAAAGACCCACAGAUGCUUUAUUCAUGAAUGGUGGAUGUGAGAGUCUCUAUGAGUAUGUUGAGGCAGCAUUAUCGGAGCAAGUGAUGAAAAUUGUUGACCCAUUGCUUCUAGCAUGCCAUGAAAGCAACCUUGGAAUAAGACAAAAUGAAGAGUUGGAGAAUGAUGACAAUUUGGUAGAAAUUGAAGAGAGCAAGGUGCAUAACUUCUUCCUCUCCAUCUUCAAAAUUGGACUCACUUGUGCUUCAAGAUCACCAAUGGAUCGCAUGCAUAUGAAUGAAGUGAGCAGGGAAUUACAGAAGAUUAAGAAAACCUUCUUUGCAUAA